AUGGUGCAGCCAACUGGAUUGGAUUUAAUUGAUGUGACAACAGGUAGGAUUGAGGAAAGGGUGCUCGGGGUUGAUUCUAGUGGAGUGGAUCAUGGAAUGGAUAAGGCUGAGCCUAAUAAUUUAAAGUCCAAAUCCACUUGGACCGGGUUUAACCGAAUGGAUUUUGGGCUUGGAGGACUGUUAAAAGCCUUGCUGCUGUCAACCUGUGGGCAUUAUGUAAAAGGUUUUCUAGAAGAGUGGAUUGAGAGAGUGAUGACAUUUGUCACCACCACACCAUUCUCUAUUCUACUCACUGAAAAAUGUUAUGGGAAUGUGACUCCAUCCAGGGGAAUCUGUCAAGGAGAUCCACUCUCACCAUACUUAUUUCUAUUAUGUGCAGAAGGAUUUACAUCUUUGUUGGCAAAAGCAAAGACUAAUGGGAAAAUUCACGGCGCUUCUAUUUGCAAAGAGGCGUCGAAAGUUUCUAACUUAUUUUUUGCAGAUGAUUCCCUUUUGUUUCGUAGGGCAACACAAAAUGAGGUGGAGGAAGUGAACCGGUUUGAGUCUUAUUUGGGGCUGCCUACCUUAGUAGGGAGAACAAAGUAUCACACGUUCUCAUACUUGAAGGAUAGGAUAUGGAAACAACUACAGGGGUGGAAAGGGAAGAUGUUGUCUAAGGCCGGUAAGGAAAUUCUUAUUAAAGCAGUUGCUCAGUCUAUUCCUACUUACACCAUGAGUGUUUUCCAACUCCCUUUGAAACUAUAUGAUGAAAUGGAUGCAAUGUGUGCUAAAUUUAGGUGGGGACAAGGGCGGAAUGAAAGGAAAAUUCAUUGGCAAAGGUGGGAAAAAUUGACGUUAUCAAAGAAGGAGGGAGGAAUGGAUUUUACGGAUUUAAGGGCUUUUAAUUUAGCUAUGUUAGCUAAACAACGGUGGAGGUUGCUGCAUGAUAGUAAUUCUUUAGUAUAUCAAUGCCUCAAAGCUAGAUAUUUCCCAAGAACUCAUCUCUUUGAUGCCAAGGAGUCCCCAAAUUUUUCAUUUGUUUGGAAGAGUAUUGUGGCUGGUUUUCCUAUCUUGAAGUCUGGGUGUUGUUGGAGAGUUGGGAAUGGCCAUUCAAUUUGGAUUCUAGGGGAUAAAUGGAUACCGAAUUAUCCAACAAAUGCACCUUUACAUCUAGUUAAGGAUGAUGUUCGAGAGGUGAUUGUUGCUGAAUUAAUUGAUUAA